CACGUACCAGAGGGGAGAACACCUCACAGUUUCAAAACCUACAUCCGAAGAUCGAGAUACCCAUAUAGAGCUUCAUUCGCAACACUACGCGCGUGGACACCCUGGGACGUUUUAGGAAUGCAUACAUCGAUUUUCUGCAUAUUAAAUACUCCAUCACACCCUGAAUGGUAAUAUCACCAAAUCAGCCAGACUUCCUAUUGUGACAUCUGGGAAAGUCAAUGGAAAUCAUUUCAUUGGAUUACUUUGGGUCGAACUACCAUCAGUUACCUGAUAGAUGGAAUCCCGUCCUACACACCUUCAUCGCCCUGGAAACAAUGAGCCCAAGGCAUGCUGGGAAUCUGAGUCCCAGCCCUCAAGUCAGCACAGAAAGGUACACAUCUCUCCAGGGACCAGGGCAAGACUUGGUGAAAAUCAUAGGAUUGGAGUAGAAGUUAAAGAACAGGUUGUGGCAGAGGAAAAAGGCACCUCCAGGGAAUCCGCAGCCCAUUUAAAAACACAAAAACACACAGAAUUACCUUUCACUGCCAUUGUGACCACAGAAGACCUCCCUGUGGCCACAGCUGCAUCAAGAAUACCCACCAUGCAUUCAGCUGCAACCAAGCAGGGCACUGCAGUUACAGCCAACACAACCAUUACAAGUAAAAUAGCGUCAAAACAACCAGCUUUGACUCAUUCAUCAACAACACCUGCAGUGGAGGUCUUAAAUCUAUCCAGCCACACUGGACCAGUUGUUGGACCCAGUGGUCCAAAGUUAAAAUCCCCAAAUACAAACCAUGAGAGGAAGGUACAAGCAGGUGCAACCAUCUCAGUCAAAACAUCCCCUAGAAACAUCCAGAAAACAGCCUCAGCAUCUCACAUUGCCAGCUCCACAGAUUCUCCCAAGACUCUUUUCAAAACAGCAUCUGCUUUCCAAUUAUCCUCUACAGACUCAUCCAAGACUGUCAACCGAACUUCUCUUUCUCACAUUCCUAGAGUCACCUCUAGCCCCAAACCAUCCCAUUCUGUAGAUCUCAAAGUAGACAAAACUGAGAAGAAUAGGAGAGUUAUGGGAAAAGAGGGGCCCAUAUCUACCUCUCUGAAAGAUAGAAUGAUUGACAGACUAGCAGAGAGCAAACCGCAUCUUGGGACAAAAGCAGAAAGGGCAGAGAGUCCUCAGGGGCAACAGGAGCAGAAGAUAAAGAGCAGAAAUGAGAGGGAGGGAGAGAAACUAGUAGGCAAAGAAGGAAAGAUCAAAGACAUUGUCCUUCAGGAUGUAAGAAGUGACCUCACCAUGCUGAGCUUGACAAGGUGCAAACAAACUUCCUAUCUCGAAAACAAGAAGCAGUCACCACAUCAAGCAACAAACGCCUCUACUGAACAGCUGACAGAGAGAAAACAGAAGAGUGAUGCAUAUGUCAAGACCCAAGAGAGACUCUCGGAAGAGAAGGGAAGAGAGGAAAAAGAAAAUGAGAGAAAGACAGCAGAGAGAAAAAGGGAAGAUGUGGUAGACCAAAAGAAGCAAGCUGAGAUUCAGAUAGACAAAAUGGCGAAUGAGUUCCAGAAGGAAACAUCGAUGAAAGAAAAAGACAAGAAUACGAUUCUAACAUCAGAGAAACUGAAUUAUGCAAAGACGAGGACAGUUGAAGAUUUGGUUGCAACUGAAACUCGGGAUGUGGCACUUCAGACGGAUUUACACCUAGUGUACGUUGACACUGAGGUCCAGGCAGUUGUGGAGGUCUUCAGCAAAUCCACACACAUGAGUCCAAUCCCUCAACCCUGCGUUCAGUUAAACGUUGAGCUUGACCUCAGUCCUGAAGCAGGCCAACAGAAUGGGCUUAGUGCUGAUAGCAACUCUGAUUCUGAUUGGUUGCCAAUGGAAGCCAUGCCUAGAUUUCUAGGCCCACCUCCUUACAAGUCCCCCAAUAGCCACAAACCUCUUCAACAUGUCUGUCAAAUAGAGAUUGAGCUUUGUAGCCAAUCACCGCAGACUGUUGGUUCAUCUCCGACCCAAGUCACACUCAGUGAAUUUGAUGGUGCAAGUCAUGACGCAAUGGCCCCACUCAAGGCAGUGGAGAAGAACUCUGAGGAUUCCUCAAAGACACUCAACUCUGGUAAACCAGCAGAGAUGGACAGAGAAAAUGAGGAGAGUGGUGUACCUGAGAAUAUCGUCUGGGAUGAGCAGGGGAUGACAUGGGAAGUUUAUGGAGCAUCAUUGGAUCUGGAGUCACUGGGAUUUGCUAUCCAGAAUCACCUGCAGUGCAAGAUCCACGAACACGAGCGACGUAUCGGUACGCUCCGGAAGUCCAUCAGCCUCUCCGAGCACUCGCCAGGGAAGAACAAGACAGGGAAGAAGAAGAGGAAUGUUUUCAGGUCAGUGUUUGCUGGAUGCAAGUGCUGCUCGAACCCACAACCCAAAGAAUAGCCAAGUGACCAUGUGUGACAUGACACUAUGUCUUGUCAACAUAAAUGUAAAAACAUUUGCAAAUAUGAUAUUUUAGUUUGGACUGAAUAAAUAGACAUGUACUGUGUGAGUAGAAGGUCCACAAGAUGGAAACAAAUCCUUGUCCCAAAUGGUGCACUAGAUGUGGACUCGUGGAUUUGUGCUUGCCCAAUACAGUAAGUGCAAGAGACUGAAGGGUGUCCAAUUUGUCAUUUUAUGAUUCUGAAGGGUGCUUACGAGGCCUUUUUUGCCCACAAUGUGCUCUCGAUGAACGCUUGUACUGAUGCAGACUUUGCGGUAGACUACUACCCAGUCUAGGCGCCAUUAUGUCACCAAGUCUGGACUUUGGUACUAAUUCCAGAGAAUUGAAAUUGAAAUGUCUUUUGGACUGAGUCAGACAUUAUUAAAAAAAGUGAUUUUAACGUUUUUAAAAGGAAAGUGAAGUGUUCACUAUUAUGUAACUUUAUUGUAAGUUCAAUGACAUUUUUACAUUUUUGUAUAGGCAAACUCUCUUAUUAUUAACCAUUGACAAUUAAGACUACACGGAAAGCAUAGCUUAAAGAGAUGUGUCUUUGGCAGAUACAUGUAUUGUUCAAAUCAACUGCACAAAAGAUUUAUGUUGAUUGUACAAUAUUUGAUUGUACAAUACAAUACAAUACUAAGCUCUAAACAUGUCAUUUUGGGUCCCGCCCUGAUGCUCUGCUUCUCUGGGUGUCUAUGAAAGCCUCAGAAAGGCUAUUUGCAUUGAAUCUGCUUCCAAUUGUUUAUUGUACAGUGGACUUUUUCAAUCAAUGUAUCUGUGUCCAGCCUGGAAGCUUGGCUUCUCUCUAUGAUGAUUGGUUGAGCUCUCAAAUGGGCAGAACUUUACAACCAACAGCCAAUAAUAUAAACAAUGAUGUACAUCUCUGACAAAUUUAUUUUAGCUUUUAUAAUUCUACAUUUUGCCCAAUUGCCAUUUUUAAUUAAUGGUUUUUAGUUUGGUCAAUUGUCUUCGUUUGUUAAUUUCACUCUUUAAUUACUAUUUUAAGAAUCUGAUUUUGGAAGCAACUUUGCAGACACACAAAAAAAUUUUUUUAUCAUUGAGUUACGUGUGCUACCCCACACUUGAAAAGCAUCGGCCCCCACUAGUAUUAACUGAUUUGAACUAAAUGGCAAAGCUACAGUAUAAUAAGACUUACCAUAUUUAGCGUUAUAAUGGUUCUUUGAUUAUUUUUAAACCCUUUGUAGAUUCAAUCUGUCUUGUUGAGAACUGGUUUGAAAACAGUCCUCUUUCUGUAUGUAGUGAUGCGUGUAGGAACAUGGGAAGUAUUCUCACACAGUUAAUGAAUGAGAGCACUGUUCAUGUUUGUGACUGUAGCGUGAUAGCUGGAAUUGUGCUCACCUGUAUUUACUAAAUUUAUUCACAGUUAAAACAGAAACAUAUAAUAAGUAAACAGUGAUAAUGUUAAUGGCUUAAAAGCACUACUGAGCUAUUUGUCUCUAAAAAAAAUAAAAAUAAAAUAAUAAUGCUAGAGAGUUGGCAAAAUUUCUUGGAGAUAAAUUAUACUGUGUUGGUAAUCACUGUAUAGAGCACUAUAAAGGAAUAAAAUAAUGUUUGUGAUGUUCUACACAAUGUGGUGUCGCAAUUAUAUUAGAAAUAUGUUGCAAUCGGUGUAAAAACCUCAGUUCUUGCAAACACAUACACACCAACAGAAUAUAUACAGUAGAUAAGGUCCACAGAUGAAGAAAAUGUAAAAGUUUAAACUCCUCUUUAUGAUCUCUGUGGUGUUUGCUUUCUGAUGAGAUCUCUUUUAACUGAGGAUACUUAACGCUGUAUGAUUUUAUAUUUCUUCUGUGGCGCAAAGACGUGAUGGAAUGAGGUCUUUGUGUUUUCGUGAGAGUGCAGCUGAGAGCUCUAAGAGAUGUCUGAUGAAUAUUUUAUCUUUUCUGUGUGUGUGUGGGCAGCUUUAAGUGGUUUACGAGGACGUUUUUAGGUUACAAACUGGUAAUUACAUGGGUAUUAUGUAAAUGUGGUUUAUGGCAUAAUUUAAAUCGCUUAAAAAACAUACUAAAUGAUGUUUUUUUGAAAAUGUAAAAAUGCAGAACGUUUUCUGUGAGUGUUAGGUUUAGGGGUAGGGUUAGGGUUAGGGGAUAUAAUCUAUAGUUCAUACAGUAUAAAAAUCAUUAUGUCUAUGGAGAGUCCUCAUAAUGAUAGCUGCAACAACAUGUGUGUGUGUGUGUGUGUGUGUGUGUGUGUAAAAGAGAGACUUGGAUAUUGACUUGUGUGAAUAAGCAAAAAGUGAGUGUGGUCUAAAUUGAGUUAUCGGCUUGCUUUAUAUAUUUCACUGACUGCAGGCACAGCGGUGUAGUGUGCAUGAUAUUGUUUCUGCCGCUCUCAGAGAAACCCAAACACACACAUAAACACGUACAGUGGCCCUAAAAACCACUUAAGUCUCCAAAAGGUGGUUCCAACAAGUAUUACCUCAGGGGGGUGAUCACUUAACCAAACUGUAUUUAAAAAAGUUUUUGACAUUGUUUUUUCAGCUGAAUAUUGUAUGUUACGGUGUGUAAAUAAAGCCAGGA